AUGGUGGAGGGCGCUCUUGAGGUUAUCAGAAUCGACGUGGGGGGCCACCGCUACUCUUGUUCCAGCCGUCUCCUGGAGAAAUGCCCGCGCGGCUCCCCGCUGAGGGAGCUGCUGCUGCAGCCCCCCGGCAGCUCCGGGUGCUACUUCAUCGACAGGGACGGGCGCCUGUUCUGCCACGUGCUCAACUUCCUGCGCGACGGCCGCCUCCUCGCGCUGCCCACAGAGCCGGACGAGGUCCGGCAGUUGUAUCACGAGGCUUGCCACUACAAGCUUUUUGAUCUCGCGCUCGCGGUUCAGAGCGGCUACGCGGGGGCACCGUCGCCUCCGAACGAGGAAGCUCGCCUGCAGAAGCUGCACAAUCUAGGGAUUGCGCAUUCGUCGCGCAGCGAGAUCCAGUAUGACAACAUUACCCAGAUUGUCAAGUCUCUCCUCGGCGUGCCCAUCGUGCUCAUAUCCCUUGUGGGGAAAGAGUGCCACUGGUUCAUGUCGAAGUGUGGACUCGACUUGUCUAAGGCGCCUAGGAACACGAGCUUCUGCGCCUACACUUUCUUGUCCGAGUCUCCAGAGAUCCUCACCAUCGAAGAUGCCGCGACCGACCCGCGGACGUGCAACAACCCGCUGGUCAUCGGAGACCCCAGGAUCGGAUUCUACGCAGGGUGCCCCCUGCUGACCUCCGACGGCUUCCGCCUGGGCACCCUGUGCGUGUUCGACUACGUCCCCCGCAAGAUGCAGCACUGGCAGUACCAGGCCCUCGUCAGCUUCGGCCACCUGGCCGUGCAGGAGAUCCAGCGGGCCGAGCUGCAGUGCGCCGGGGCGCCCACGGACGUCGCUCGGGAGACCCACGAGGCGUGGCAAGCUGCCGGCACCGGCCAGGUGCCCUCCAGGAGCUACGAGUCGGGGCUGCUCCGGCUCUGCAGGAUGAAGGAGGCGCUCGAGGAGAUCGUCUGCCUGGUGCAGCUCAGCAGCAGCUGCACGGACUGGCCGAUCCUGUACGCGGACCAGGGCUGGGUCCAGGCCACGGGCAUGCGGGUCCACCCCCUGCGCCUGCCCCUGGGCCUGGAUGCGCCCGCCGCCUCGGGCGCCUUGCUCAACCGGCCGAGCCUGUGGGACUUCCUCUCCCUGGACGCGGGGACCGAGGAGUCGCUCCUGCGGAACGUGCGCGCGGCGUGGGAGGCGCUGGAGCAGCCCCACGUCUUCGGCCUCUCGGCCCGGCUGGCCUCGGCGCGGCGGGGCCCCGGCCGCUGGCCCGGGCCCCGCCCGGUGUCCUGCCGCCUGGCGCCCGUGCACGAGGCCCUGGACCUGGCCGCGGGCGCCGUGGGGGCACCGGCGGGA